GCCAAUCCUCCGCCCUGGGUGCUGUCGAUCCGGUUGCUGCUUGAUCCGAUUGCUGCUUGAUCUGCCCGCGGAGCACCAAUACUCGCUCCCACUCACUCAGACCGGCCGAUCAACAACUGCCAGCAACGCCUGGUUCCGCAUUCAUCCACAACUCUGUCGAUAUCGUCCUCGUCUCAAUCCCACACACAUGUCCAGAGAAACAACCCCGCUGCUUGCGGGUGCUCCAUCAUCCGUUGUCGUCAACGUCGCAGAGACUGUCGCCGAUCCGCUCCAUCUGCAGAGCUUCAAAAAGCCCACAACAGAUGUGUCUGCGCUCAAACGGUCGGGCUCGAGAGGCCGCAAGAUCGCCGAGUUUUACGAGGCUCAAAACGAGCUCAUCGACGAUCUGCUGCACUCGCUGAGUCCACACGACGAAGAAGCCGAGCAGGCAAAACUCUUCAGGCUCCAGCUCGCCAUCAAUUGCUCUGUGGCCGGCAACGUCUUCCUCAUGGCGCUGCAGCUCUAUGCCGCCCUGACAUCCAACUCGCUCUCGCUCUUCGCAACCAUGGCCGAUGCAUUCAUGGACCUGGCUUCGUCUAUAGUCCUACUCAUAGCUGCCCAUGCUGCCUCGAAGCAGAACCGACAUGAAUACCCAACUGGAAAGAUGAGACUCGAGACCGCAGGCAUCAUUGUGUUUGCAAGCCUUAUGGCCACGGUCUCAUUUCAGCUGAUGGCGGAGAGCAUGAAAACGCUGAUUGCCAAGAACCACGAAGUCGAUGUGGACAUGGCCAGCCUGUCCUGUGUCGGUGUUGCUCUAGUGCUCAAAGCAUGCCUGUACAUGUUUUGUUCAAGCCUGUCUGAGUAUCCCAGCGCAGCGGUGCUCGCCACAGACCACCGUAACGACAUCAUCGUCAACUUUUUCGGCAUUGCGGCAUCGCUGCUGGGCAAAUAUUAUCUGUGGUGGAUCGACCCGGUCGGCGGUCUUCUGAUCGCCCUUGUUAUUCUGCACUCAUGGACAGAGACAGCAUGGGAGCACAUCCAAAAGAUCAUCGGACAGUCCGCCGAGCCGGCUUUCCUCAAGAAGAUUAUCUACAUCUCGCUCACUCACGACCCGCGGAUCUUGCAGAUCGACACCUGCUUUGCAUAUCACUCGGGCGACAACUACUUUGUCGAGGUAGACAUUGUGCUCCCUCGGACCAUGACGCUGGAGGACGCCCAUGACAUUGGCGAGAGCCUGCAGAUGAAGCUCGAGGGCUUGAAGGUCGUCGACCGCGCGUUUGUGCAUUUGGAUUUCGAAAGCAGCCACAAGCCGGAGCACUCUCGCCCAUGAAGCGGCGCUCGUGCUCUUGUCCCGAUAUUUGAACCGUUCAGGGCAGCCCGCUGCCCUGCUCUCAAUCAUGUCGGUUUCCUUCCACAAUCCUUCUCCGCAUACUUUUGUUAUGAAGCAAUACGGAGCACAUCAUUCCAAGUAUACAGGACGCCGCUGCCGUGAUAGCUUGGCAGCUUGCUGGUGUCGCUGUUCGACCAUGAAGACACGGUCUGCUUGGACAGAUUGGCACUAAACUCAAUCAAUAGACAUGGGGCUACACCUUACACAUGAGC